AUGCUCCAAACGCACAGCUCCGAGCGGGCACGGGGAAAGAAAAACAAACCCCCGGGGUGUGUGAAAGGCCCGCCGGGAGCCCCAGGGCCCCGCAGGGCACCCCAGCGCCUCGGGAGGGGGCACCGCUCCGGCAGCGCUGCGCCUCCCGAACCCGCGGGGGACGGCGGCGGCGGCGCCGCAGGAGCGAAUACCGACUGCUCCGGUUCCUUCACCCGUCACCCUAUGCAGACGUUCGACCCGAAACGCCGCGUUUCUGCCGCCCUUCGAAUUAACCCUACGCUUUUAAAGCCGCACCGCCCGAGGUCCCCGUUUCUCCUCUGCCGGGGAGGGGACGGUGCCGCGUCCCCGGGAGGAGACCACGGUGCGGAUCCCCCCCCCGAGGCUCAGCGGGAGGUGCCCGGGCCGGGGCAGCCGCAGGAGCACCCCCGACACCCCGUCCCCGCCCCGCACUCACCCCCUUCCACCGGGAAACUUCGGGGCCGCCGCGAGGCCGGGGCCGUGUGGGAGAACUUCGGGAGAGCUGUGGCGGCGGUUCCUCCUCGCGCUUUCGGAAGGACUGGGGCCGCGGGGUUCGAGGCGAGGCGCCCCCGGGCUGACGAGGCGGGACCCCAACCCCUCCCCUGGACGGCACCACCCGCGGACCCCUUCCCGCGGCACUGCGGCUCCCCCGGGCGGGGAGACAGGAGGAUAAGGUCCUCCGACCGGGCACGGGGCUUCUCCGUCCCGUCCCACGGCCUCCCACAGCGUCCCAUCUCAAAGCAUCCCACGGCAUCCCACGGUCCCGUGGCGCCUCGUCCCGUGGCGUCCCACAACGUCCCAUCCCACAGCAUCCAAUGGCAUCCCGUGGCGUCCCGCGGCAUCCCGUCCCGUGGCAUCCUGACCCAUGGCAUCCCACAGCAUCCCGUGGCCCCGCGGCAUCCCGUCCCACGGUCCCGUGGCAUCUCACGGUCCCGCAAUAUCCCGCGGCACCCCUUCCCGAGGCACCCCCCAGCAUCCCGUCCCGCGGCACCCCCUCCCGCGGCACCCCCUCCCAAGACACCCCUCAGCAUCCCGUCCCGCGGCACCCCUUCCCGAGGCACCCCCCAGCAUCCCGUCCCGCGGCACCCCCUCCCAAGACACCCCCCAGCAUCCCGUCCCGCGGCACCCCCCCCCAAGAAACCCCCCAGCAUCCCGUCCCGCGGCACCCCCUCCCAAGACACCCCUCAGCACCCCGUCCCGCGACACCCCAGGAUCCCCCAGCGCCCCGUGGCCCCACGGCGUCCACCGCGCCCUCACCUCCUCCCGGCCCGGGGCCGUCCCGCCGUGUCCCCGCCCGCAACGCCGGAGCGGCGGGCGCCGAUCGCGGCCGAUUGUGCCCCCCUGGCGGCCCGGGCGAACUGCAGCCGCCUCCCCGCAGAGCCCCCCCCCAGAAAAAGAUCGCAGGCUCCGCCGAUUUUUUGCCUCCUUGGGGUAACAACACCCGCCGGAGUCUCCAAUAGAGAGAAGCGACGGCCGCGGGGCCGGAGCGGGGCAGGAUUUCAGCAAGUGGAAAUGAAUAUGAAUUCCAGCAGCCGAAGGGGAGGCGGUGCGGGAGGCGGUGCGAGGCGGUGCCAGCCCGCUCCCAGCCCGCUCCCAGCCCGCUCCCAGCCCGCUCCCAGCCCGCUCCCAGCGCUGUGCCGGGACUGCCGCCGGCUGCCUUCGCCCCUUUGGCAGCCAGAGGUGUUUGUAAAGCGCCCGCUGCCCUCCCGGAGGGGUCAUUUGCUUUAA